CAACAUGCUUCAAAAAAUUGCAUUGCUUCUUACUAUCUGGAGUUGCGGCACAUUGGCUGCGGACAUCCUAAUGGCCACACAAGGCGGAACGAAGUCACACAAGAUACCAUUCUGGGAAUUGGCUAAGGGAUUAAUAUCCAGAGGUCACAAUAUUACCUUUUUAAAUGGAUUUCCGGCUGAUUUCAAUAUUGAAGGACUGCUUGAGGUUACACCAGCUGGUCUUGUUGAAUAUAUCCACAACUAUACGAAUUGGGAUCUUUUGGGCUCACGCAUGGCGGGAGAAAUGCCCAUUAAGCCCUGGGACGGCCUGCGAUACGCUUUCGAAUCAUGUGACGCAAUGCUUCGUGACUCAGAAACAAAGGAGUUGACCAAGAAAAGCUUUGAUUUGGCUAUAUUAGAUGGAGCUUUCCCAGAGUGCUUUUUGGGAUUAAUGUACGACUUCAAGAUUCCAUUUAUGUACAUAAACACGGUGGGCUUCUAUACAGGCAGUAUCUCGACUGCAGGAAAUCCCGUUAGCUACGCUAUUACUCCCAACUUCUAUUCUCGAUUUACGGACACAAUGAAUCUUUACGAACGGGCUAUUAAUACGGCCAUGCAGAUAGGACAAACAUUGAUGCACAUGUAUGUUAUGCGUCGGACACACCUUGUGAUGCGAGAGCACUUGGGGGCUCAAAUCCCGCAUCCUUAUGAAAUGUCGCGCAACGUGAGUUUCAUUUUGCAAAAUGGACACGCAGUUUUGUCUUAUCCUAGAGCCUUUAAUCCAAAUGUAGCAGAAGUCGCUUGCAUUCAUUGUAGGCCAGCUAGAAAACUUCCUAGGAACCUUGAGGAAUUCAUCGGUGCUUCUGGAGCAUCUGGAUUCAUCUAUGUUUCAAUGGGUUCUUCCGUAAAGGCCGCGAACAUGCCAGAGGCGUUGCGUCACAUGCUUGUAAAGACCUUUGCUCGUCUUCCGUAUCAUGUGCUAUGGAAGUAUGAAGGCAGCUCGACAGAUAUAAAAGACAUCACAUCAAACGUAAAACUUUCACGAUGGUUACCGCAGCAGGACAUUUUGGGACAUCCCAAGCUUAGAGCGUUUGUAACACAUGGAGGCUUGCUAAGCAUGUUUGAGACGGUAUUUCACGGAGUACCCGUAGUUACAAUGCCGGUAUUCUGCGACCACGAUGUUAACUCAGCCAAGGCCGAGGUCGAUGGAUAUGCAAUAAAGCUAGAUCUUCAGACGCUGUCAGCCAAUCAGUUGUACAAGGCUAUUAUGAAAGUGAUUCACAAUCCGCGCUACAGAAAUUCAGCGCGAUAUCGGCAAAAGCUCUUCCUGGACCAGCGCUCAACAGCGCUAGAUACUGCCAUUUACUGGACCGAAUAUGUGCUGCGACAUAAUGGUGCUUAUCAUCUACAGGCUCCAUCUCGAAAUAUGACAUGGUGGCAAUACUACUUACUCGACGUAGUUGCGGUUUAUUUAAUUUUACUUUGCGCCGUGAUCUUAGCACUAAAGCGCAUUGAUUUCCCAUACGAGAAGGUGCGGAGUCUUUAUACCCUGAUGGCUCCUUUUAUAACAAUAGCAAAAACGAAGUCAAAGAAGAUUUAAAAGGUCUUUAUAAUAUUACUAGAGUGGGGUGCUUAAUAAUUAAGAAGAAUACGUUGUGGUUCAAAGCGUCAAGCAAAUGGAUCGAUAAGAAACUUUUGCCUAUUCCAAAUAUUGUAUACAAUAUUAUUUUUUUCUAACAUUGUUAAUUUAAACUAUUUAAAAGAGUAUAAAAACACGCACACAAUAACAAAGAAGAAUAAAACAAAUGAAAUCCUUCGGAAAUGGAAAAAUGUAUAAAAUCGUAUUUAUCUACUUGAUACUAAAUUUAAUAGCAAAACUCUGAUAUUAAUAAUUAAUGACUUCGUAAAAAUGGUAACUACUCUUCUGUCGUUGACUCUCUGAGCUCAUCAGCUGAUAGCUUAACCAGACUUUAAAUGUAAAUAUAAAUAUAAUAAGGAUCAAAACAAGUGAUUCAAAUCAUAAUUUAAAGGAUAUAUUAAAAAUUUGUGACAGUUCCAAAGAUGGUAUAAAACAAUUAUGAUGUACAACCUAAAUUAAUGUUUAAAAGCAUUAAUUUAUGAUUUUAAUUCAAGCUUACUUUACCUAAAACAUCUUCUAUAAGAAUGUCUAAAUAAAUUACAAUAAAACAUAUUUUCACAAAUGGAAACUAA